AGCGAAAGGCCUUCUUUUUGGUUUGCCUUUCCUGCUUUCCAGUUUUGUGCUCACUUUUAUCCGCCGAGUGGGCUAUGGAGUGUGUGGACCCUGUUACCUCACUCAUCCCUGACUCGCCUUCUUUUCAGCCGAGUUGUGACUCGCCCAUGAGACACCAUCAUCAUCCUCGGAAUUGCAUAAAUUGCAGGAUGGAUCCGUCCCGGAAGUCCAAGCUCAGGCCUUUUGGCCCUUUUAGCUGUGGGUGCUUCUCUGAAUCUCGCUUUCACUUUUGUACCAGUUGGUGCAAUGGCCGAAUCCCAGGAAGUAACUGUCGAGGGGGUUCCGGGAACGCCUGCCAUAAGGGAGGUGAGACCCGAGAAGGUGUCCGAAAAGCUCAAUGCUGGAAACGCGUCAAGUGGGAACCCGAGUUUCGGGAUCAGAAGAGUUAAUUUAAGAGCUGAGAUUGACACAUCGCCGCCAUUCGGGUCUGUUAAGGAGGCAGUGACCCGUUUCGGAGGUAGUGGACCUUGGCCACCUCUUUACAAGCUUGGAGAGGCUUUUAACGAAAUUGAUGGUUUUGACAUCAAGAAAGUGGAGGAGCAAGCUGCAGAGUUGGAGAAAGAUUUGAUAGUGAAAGAACUUGAAACACUUGAUGUGCUUGAAGAACUUGGAGCCACUAAAAGGAUAGUGGAGGAAUUAAAGCAGCAGCUACAGAAAGAAACCUUGAAAUGUUUUGCAACUCCUGAAGUCCAUGCCUAUGGGCCGGCUGGACCUCCUGUCAUUAAGGAGAUGAAUAAGGAAAAUUAUGGAAAUACUGUCAACAACCAAGAACAGAUAUUGCAUGGUUCAAGCCCCUGCUCUGUCUCAUCACCUGAUCUGAUCUUAAUGGAGUUAAAACAAGCUAAACUUAAUCUUGGUAAAACUCUAAAUGAUCUUGGGGUGAUACAAUCUUCGGUUGAAUCUUUGAAUAAGAAGAUGAAGAAGGAGAAGAUUUUUCUUGAGAGGACACACGACAUGCAAACAUCAAAAUAUGCCGCUGUUUGUAUUCAAGAGAGAGCUCAAGAACAAAAUAGAUUAAGUCCUCCUGUAGCUCCUGUAGAAACAAGUGGCAUUUUCGGAGAUCCCAUGAACAUUAUUAAGAGUUUCAAUUCUGACACUGGGCAGUACAAUAGAAUGGUUGAAACGAGAUCUGAAGUUUCAAGUCCCUUCAAUAUGUACGAAGAGAAUGGAUUUGGUAUCAAAACUGCAGAGAUGAGGUGGUUGGCAGCUAAGAAGAUGGAAGAAGCUGCGAUGGCAGCAGAAGCCUUUGCUCUUACUGAAAUCAAGGCACUAUCUAGCACUGAGAGACCAUCUGCCUUUGUCCUGCCAGAGCCCGAGAAAGUGACUUUUCCUUUUGGGGAGCAAUCUCUAACCCCGGAAGCUGAAAUACCCGAAGAGUCAACCACAAAGAAUGUCAUAGAUUCCAAGUUUCAAAUGGAUGAUUUAAAUAUUUCUAAACUGACUAUUCUGAGAAGGAUGGAGGAAGCAACAGCAGAAGUUCGGCAUAGCAAGCAAAUCUUGACAGAAGCUCUGAACAGAGUUGAAAGUGCAAACAGGAAGCAACAUUCUGCUGAAGAGGCUCUGAGGAGAUUGAUUCCUGAGAAUGAUCUCAAGGUACAAGCAAUGUAUAACUCUAUCAAGUGCAACAAAUUCAAUUUAGCCGGAAACUGUCAGGAUUCUCCUCUACCAGGUGUAACAAGAUCAAACCCAGCGAACAACAAUCCAAAGCCUGCUUUAAAGCCAACAGUUUCAAUGAGAGAUGUGCUUAGCAGAAAGCAAGUUCCUGAAGAAUAUGCUACAAGAAAAGAUAUGGAAGAGCAUACUGAAAGACAAAAGGUCGCUUUGAGCCAAAUGCUGCGUGCACUAAGGGAAGAUCUUACGCUUCCUCCAAAAUCAGAGAAAGAUGAGAGCGAUCAGAAGUACAUAGCCCAGAGGAAGAAGUUUGGAUUCAUUCAAAUAUCACUCCCGCUUUCAAGGCCGAGUAAGAAAAGGGCUUGAACUUUUUAAGCUCAUUACAUAUUCAUGCAUGAAUGACCACCGUUAGUGUGUUGAUGUGUAACGGCUGUUGUCAUUUUUUUGUUUUCCGUAGUACAUGAUAUAGAAGAUGUUUGAAUUCAAAAUCUCUUGCUUAUUUCUCACAUGAUAUCCCUUACAACUAGACUCGGGGGUUAGGUAUGUUAAUUCUGUAGAAGAUUGUAUUGGUGUUUGAUUUUGUAAAGGAUUGUGUGCUUGAGCAGUUGGUUUGCAAUGAAUUAUGAUAAAGGUAUUGAGACUUUACUAUCAGGAUCA